AUGGAAGCUGCUACCAUUAAUGAAGAGCAAGUCAUCUCUGAAAGGGAUUUGGAAAAGCUGCCAGUGUCGAGAAAUGUCAGUAGAGGAUGGGCAGUUCGUAAGUUGGCAAUAUUAUACUUUCUAUUAGCGUCUUUCGCUAUAGGGACGGUGCACUUAUUCCAGUCUGGUUACAUGGGUGCUAAUAGUAAAUCUCCUCAGAUCGGUCGCUGGCAACUAUUUGCGGAGAAUUCUCAGGGCCUUACAAAACGGAGUAGAUGGGCGAUGAUCGCUGAAAAACACCACGCGCCCCUCUUAGCAGCGGCAAGUCUAUCAACGGCAGUGGAGCCUAAUGUUUGCCCGCCUGAUGGCAGAAGAUGCAUGGGCGAACUAAUCACCAGAUUAUUACUUCAAUCACUCGCGAUAGCUCAGGACCUCUAUGGUGGUGAGUGGAAGAUUACUCAGCCACAUCCACCAUACAACAACAACAAACGCAGUCUGUCGAACUAUGCAUUUGAAACUGCAUCGGAACUUUCAACUCAAAUAAAGAGUAGAGCAGACACUUUGGCGGCGUUAAAUAUCAAUCUGGUGGGACGCUUCCGCAGCAAUGACCCAAAUGGCCUUGCGAAGCGCGGUGAAGAAGAUUCAGAGGAUACGUAUAUGAUUGAAACUCCACACGGUUACCACUUGUUGUCUCCAUUGACAACAACCGCUGGCGCCAUGUUCGACGAGAUUAUUGAGCAAACAAAAUCUCAAACAGUGGGCACCAUUGAGGCUGCCCGUGUUCCUUCUCCAAACGUAUCACUAAAAAAGAGAGAUCCUAUUCGCUUCAAUGUUGAAUGGAUUUCUUAUCAGUGGGGAAAAAGUUACUUUUAUGGCGGCAUGACUAUACCAGACUUGCAUGGCGAGUUGCUGUCGAACUUUGAGCCAGUAAAUCAAUAUCUCCGCAAUGCUCGUGCCUGGAAGUAUUGCGCAUCGGUUCACAGAAAUAUAGACCCAAGUAGGGUGACGUACGAUUCUUUUAACAUUGACACCGGCUCGAUAUACGGAGAAUUAUACUUUAACACAUAUGGGCCUGUUGAUAAGUUCUGCCUGGACGAAAAAGGUGGAGCACAAUGCCCUGGAGAGGCAUGCGACGGCACAAAUAACUGA